AAAAGAUUCCCUGAUUAAUAAAAAAUAACAGUGACGGCUAGUCAAUCGCAUUGAUAAGUGCAGAUUUCCUCUGUUUACUCUCACACACACAUUCGAGAGUAGCCAUCAAAAUACGACUACAUAUUCUGUAACGGCAGGAGAAAAGCAUAUAAAUGCAUUGAGAAAAAAUAACUGCCUACUGACAACAACAAAUAUAUGAGAGUAAAUAUUUUUGCGGUUUAUUGGGAGAUAAGAAACCAAUUCAUUCAUCUCAACGCAACAACAGCGACAGCAACGAAUCUCAACGUAAAAAUAGAAACGUGAGACAAUAAAACUAAAGCUAAGCAACAGUGUUAGUAUUUAUUAGUAGUAGUGCGAGUAAAGCGGCGGAGAGUGCAAAUUUCGAAAGCAACUAACAACUAGCAAUCAAUCAGCGGUUCGCACUUAAAGCGCUUCUGUGGCAUUUGUUUUUGUCACAUCACACAACACACCAAUCAUCAAAGCUGGUUUUCCCCCCAUUGGCCAUAAGAGUAAGCGAUCGCAAUCGAAACCGGUCAUUGUGUGCGCGUAACUUGCUGUGAGCGGUUGAUCAACGAAAAAGUAACCGCGGCUCGUAGUAAACUGAGGCUGAAGUGAAGUGGUUGCCGCUGAUCAAUAAUAAUAAUAAUUAUCUGCGUAAAGUAUAAUAUAAAUUUAGUGAAAUUAUCUAAAGACAUUAUGACGCCGAAUACGUGUGUGAUUCUUGCCAUCAAUGCGUUCCUGAUCACACUCGCACGCACUUCUCCCACAGAGCUAACAAGGCCGGAGAACACGACGCAAUUGGACGCGUUGCAAAAUGUAGCUAAUAAUAAUCAGAAUAACUUCACAAAUCAUAUAUUUGAAAUACCGCCUGGAAUUUUUACAUCAUACCUAUCACCAGCACCAGCUGAUGCGAUUACAAACGACGCAGACGAUUACGUGCCCUAUCGCAGCGAUGUGCAUGAUCGUUUCUCAUGGGCGCUGCUCAAGCAGAUUUUACUAUCAACAGCAACACGGCGCAAUAACAUCAAAACCGCUGCUAUAGAUGGUUUUUUCCCGGAAGACUCAGAGAAUGUCAUAUUCUCACCGUUCUCUGUUAAACUGGUGCUUGCGCUGCUUACAGAGGCGACUGGCAAUGGCACACGCUCACAACGCCAACUACUCGCCACACUGGGCGAUAUAAAAGCCGCUGAUAAUUUACGCAGUUUUUACCGCAAAACGCUUGCUUCAUUGAAGAAAGAGAAUCCCCACUACACGCUGCAUUUGGAGACGCGUCUCUACACGGAUUCUUCAAUUAAGCCACUGCCAGCGUUUGUUGAGCUACUGAAGUCCGCUUAUGAAACUCCCCUUGAAGAAUUGAACUUUGCGGACGGCGUUGCAUCUGCAGCGAAAAUAAAUGCAUGGAUUGCUCGCGCAACUGAGGGCCGCUUACAACAAUUGGUGACGGAGGAGGGUGUGGCAAAUAGUGUUAUGCUGUUAGUGAAUGCCAUCUACUUUAAUGGAUUGUGGCGCCGACAGUUCAGCGAAUCACACCCAGGUGUCUUCUUUCGCACGCCCCACGAGCAAUUGAAGGUUUCGUACAUGGAAUUGACCGACAACUUCUACUACUAUCAAUGCAAUGAGCUGAAAGCGCGUAUUGUUCGUCUCCCCUAUCGUGGUCGGAAGUUCUCAAUGUUUGUAGCGCUACCCAACGAUGGACAAAGCAUAGACUCGCUGCUAAGACGCAUGCAAAAUGAGCAACUGAAGCACAUGCAGUGGAUGAUGGAACGCAUUAAGUUGCGGAUUGUAAUGCCCAAAUUCAAAUUUGGUUAUAAGACCGACCUAAAAGCAGCGCUUUGUCGUUUGGGUGUGGUGGACAUCUUCACCAAUCAGGCGCAAUUGACUGGUAUGGCCGCCGAUGCAGAUGACCGCCUGAUGGUCUCAAAUAUACUACAGAAAAGCGGUAUUGAUGUAAAUGAGCUGGGCACAGAAGCUUAUGCCGCCACCGAGGUAGAGAUUGUGAAUCGCUUCGGCGGCGGCGAAUAUGUGGAAGAGUUCGUUGUGAAUCGGCCGUUUGUGUUCUUCAUUGAGGAGGAGAGUACGGGGAAUAUUCUGUUCGCAGGCAAAGUGAUGAAUCCUACGGCGUAAGGGCGGUGGCCGUAAGAGAUUAUAUA